CAUUCAAGCAUUGUAAUUUCCGAGUGGGAAACUCUACGGAUGAGGAUUCAAGAUCGCAACCCAAUCGUCGUCGAUGGAUCGUCGCUAGAAAUAGCUAGCAUCGUCGCCGUAUCUAGAUAUGGCAUUUCCGGUAUCCUAGAUCCACAUCCAGCAGUGAAAGCCCGCAUUGACGACAGUGUGCGAUUUCUCGACAACUACCUGAGAGAAGGCCAUACAGUAUACGGUAUCAACACCGGCUUUGGUGGUAGUGCGGAUGUACGAACAACAAACCACGGUGAAUUACAACGCGCACUAUUACAAAUGCAGCAUAGCGGAGUCCUUCCUAGAGGUAAUCCUCUUUCCGGCACCGACCAAGCUGCAGUGUUCACUUCCGCCCUACAGCCCGAUGUCUUUUCCUCUCUCGCACUCCCGGAACCAUGGGUUCGGGCCACGAUGCUCGUGCGUUGCAACACUUUAUCGAGAGGCCAUUCAGCAGUCCGACCACAGAUUAUCGAGCAUCUCUUGAAGCUUUUGGAACUCAAUUGCAUCCCACUAGUGCCUCUCCGAGGUAGUAUAUCAGCGUCGGGAGAUCUGAGUCCGCUGUCCUACUUAGCCGGAGCUCUGGAAGGCAAUCCUGGGAUCUACGUCUGGAACGAGACAGACGAAUGCUUAGCCCAGCAACGUCUCCCUAUUCCUGCAUCGGAGACCUUGAAAAAGAUAGGGAUCGCACCAACAUCCUUUAAACCAAAAGAAGCUCUGGCAUUGGUUAACGGUACGGCAGUAUCUGCAGCAGUUGCAUCCUUGGCCUUACAUGACCUCAACAACCUCCUUGCCUUCGGGCAAGUUCUGGCCGCGAUGGGGGUUGAGGCUAUACUGGGGACCGCAGAAUCUUUCUUUCCCUUCAUAUCAGAUGUGCGGCCUCACCGUGGCCAAAAAGAAGUCGCUGGCAAUAUUCUCGCUAUGCUGAGUGGUACGAAACUAGCUAGUGGAGUGGCUGGUAGUUCUCCUGCAGCUGCUACGGGGCUCUUUCAAGACCGCUACUCCGUCCGGACAGUCCCUCAAUGGCUUGGCCCAUUCCUCGAGGACCUCAUGCUCGCGCACGAACAGCUAAGCAUCGAGUGCAAUUCGACGACGGACAACCCUCUCAUCGACGCUCAGGGAGGCACAAUCUAUCAUGGCGGUAACUUUCAGGCUGUUGCCGUCACAUGUGCCAUAGAAAAGUCCCGCAUCGCUGCUCAAGCCAUUGGUCGCAUGCUGUUCGCACAAUGUACCGAGUUGCUGAAUCCCAACACCAACCGCGGUCUUCCGCCUAGUCUUUGCGCGGAUGACCCAAGCACGAGCUUCACGAUGAAAGGGGUGGACAUUAACAUGGCUGCCUAUAUGUCCGAGCUCUCGUUUCUCGCGAAUCCGGUCCACAACCAUGUGCAGAAUGCUGAGAUGGGUAAUCAAGCGCUGAAUUCCCUGGCACUCAUCAGCGCACGGUAUACGCAUACUGCGGUUGAGCUGCUGUCACUCAUGUCAGCUACCUACCUGUACGUAUUGUGUCAGGCCCUGGACCUGAGAGCUAUGCACGUCAUAUUCUUGGAAACCUGGAAGAGCAACUUGGAGGCGCUGACUAGAACUAAUUUCGAGGACAUUUUGGACAAACAUACAGUAGAACGGCUUGUUAGUCUCAUAUGGACUCACGUAUCGCAAGAGUUCGUGAAAACUUCGAUCAUGGACCUCUCUAAUCGAUUCAAGAAUAUCAUGACCAGCAGUCAAACUAUCGUUCUGACGGGUUUCCAAGAGGCUACAGUAGGAAACACGAUGGAAUCUCCAGAGCUAAAUGCAAAGCUGCUCAAAGCGGUUCACAGCUUCCGGAUCCAGGCUACAGAACAGGGUGAGUUCGCGUUCGAAUCUAUUCGGUCACAAUAUCUUCGGGGUCCAGAUGCGACUCCCUACCUCGGAGCCGCCUCGAAGCGCAUGUACAUCUUCGUCCGGCGAGAAUUGAAGGUCCCAAUCCAUAGAGGAGUCAUAGACCAUCCGACUCCUGUUGCUGACCCAUCUGGUAUCUCACCUGCGCCGUCGAAAGAACCGAAAGAUAAUGUCGACAAGAAGACUACUGGGGGCUGGAUUAGCAUCAUCUACGAUGCGCUCCGCACUGGAAGUUUGAUCGAACAGGUUGUUGAGUGUUUGAAGGAGGCGACACAGCAUCCAGGCGCUCUUGUGAAAUGAGUGGCGGAUGUUAUGACCGGUGAAGCCACGAUUGUUCAGUCAGCUUAUUGAGAUCAUAUCGCAAAGGGAGUUCAGUUUUCCGCAAUAGAUGGCCUGGUCGGUAGAUUUUGCGUCAUAAUUUUGAUGAGUUUUCUGCUCUUUGGACAGUGCCCAUUUCUUUACUCCAUGGACAUAGA